CAAAUUAUUUAACAGUGGUUUAACUCUAAAAAUUUACUUUUACAUCUAUAGCGCACCUGCGACAAUACUUCACGUUGGAUCCGUUGGAUCCACUGAACGUUGGAUCCUUUGGAUCAAGGCCCUAAAUAAUAGACUCAAAUUGGAUCACUUGAACUCAACUUGGAUAGGAUCAAUAUAAGAUAUCAAUAUACGGCCUUGUUGGAUAGGGAUUGAGGCAUCAAGCAUGUUGUGGGCCUGAAACUGCGAGAACUCUGGUGCGGAUCACAGACUUGGAUCAAGAUUUCCAAACUCUUCUUAGCAUACUUCGUCAAAGAUGUGGAAACCAUCAAAGCCGAUGUCACUGGCCGAUUUUGCAUCCGGCGCUGACAGUUUCGGUGGAAUGACCUUUUUUGAAGAGCUACCAGGCAGCGUGAUUUCAGCAGAUCAUGGGAAACCUGACAAAGUUGCGAAGAAAUCAGGAAAGAAGAAAGGGAAGAAGCUGGUGAAGCCUUCUAACGAUGACGAUUCGGAGGAAACAGCAGAUCGUACAGAAGUCACCGAAAUCAACACCGCUGAUAUACCCAAAAAGAAACGCAAGAAAAAACGAAAGGAAAACACGGAAGCUGCAGCCACUAGUUCCGAACCACCGGCCAAGAAACAGCGGAAGAACGGCGCCCCUGCCGAUGCUACACCAUCUGCUGAUCCAUCAGCAGUGGACCUGGCCGCCGUGAUCGAGGCGUCGGGAACGGACGUAUCCAACUGGGACGUGCUGCACGUGCCGCAGCCUCUACUGGCCGGCCUGGCCGAGCUGGGCUACGAGCAGCCCACCGAGAUACAGAGGCGCUGUCUGCCGGCCGCCAUCCGCGGCAGGAUGGACGUGGUUGGCGCCGCUGAGACCGGCUCCGGAAAGACGCUGGCCUUCGCGCUGCCCGUGCUGUACGGCGUCAUGAAGGAGAUGCAGCGCAGCGCCGCCGGUGCCGCCGCCAAUCGGUCAGCUGUCGACUCCGAUGACGACUCCGACUGGCCGACUGACGACGGUUCUGCGGAGUCGACUCCGGGCGGACCCCGGGCGCUCAUCCUCGCCCCCACCCGGGAGCUCGCCAUUCAAGUCAAAGACCACAUCGUUGCAGUCGCGAAAUACACCGGAGUCAAAGUGGUGACGGUGGUGGGCGGCAUGUCGGAGCAGAAGCAGCAGCGACUGCUCAGCCGCCGGCCAGAGGUGGUCGUCGCCACGCCCGGCCGGCUCUGGGAGUUUAUCGAGGCCGGCGACCGGUUCCUCUCCGACCUCAGCCGGCUCGCCUUCCUGGUGGUGGACGAGACGGACCGGAUGCUGGAGAAGGGCCACUUCCAGCAGCUGCACCUGCUCCUGGAGCGGGUCAACGCCGACCCGGAGCGGGCGGCGCGCCGGCAGAACUUUGUCUUCUCGGCCACUCUGACCCUGGAGCAGGAGAGGGCCAAGGGGCGCGACCUCAAACAGCUCGGCGAGCUCACCACCGGACAGAAACUCAAACACAUCACCGCCAUGAUCGGCAUCAGGGACAAAAAUAAAAAGGUCGUGGACAUCACGCGCUCAGUGGGCACGGCCACCACUCUGACCGAGAUGGCCGUCUCGUGCUCCAUCCCCGAGAAAGACGAGCUGCUCUACUACUUCGCGCUCCAGCACCCGGGCCGGACACUCGUCUUCUGCAACAGCAUCGACUGCGUGACGCGUCUGGGCCGCCUGCUCAGCCUGCUUGAGAUGCAGCCGCUGCUGCUGCACGCCAACAUGCAGCAGCGCGCCCGGCUCAAGAGUCUGCAGCGGUUCCAGGCGCGACGCUGCGCCGUGCUCGUGUCCACAGACGUGGCGGCGCGCGGUCUGGACGUGCCAGGCGUGGAGCACGUGAUCCACUACCAGGUGCCCCGCACUACUGAUGCGUACGUCCACCGCAGCGGUCGGACGGCGCGCGCUCUCUCCGAGGGACUCAGCGUCAUGUUCGUGGAGCCCGGUGAAGUGGGCGCCUACAGGAAACUGCUCCGGCAACUGAACAGAGAGUCUGAUCUGCCGCCGUUCAGCGUGGACCAGGACGUGCUCCGGCCCCUGGCGCGGCACGUGGCACUGGCCCGCUCCAUCAACCUGGCAGAGUUCCGACAGCGCCGCGCCGCCGGCAGCCGCAGCUGGGCUGAGAGGGCCGCAGAGCAGAUGGACAUCGAGCUGGACGACGCCAUGCGGCCGGAGCGGGACGAGGACGCCGAGCGUAGGACGCAGCUGGAGAUCCGCUCCGGCCGCGCCCAGCUGAAGGACAUGCUGAAGAAGCGGGCCCAGGUGUGGCAGCCGUUCACCAGACACGGCCGUCUGCAGGUGCCCGCCAGAAACGUGUCUGCUUUGGACGUGGCCAAGGCCAGCGUGCGUAAGAAGAAAAAGGGAGCCGCCGCUCAGCCGUCAGAGGAGACCACGGAACAGGAGACUCGAGAGCAGCCGCAGCCCGAGGAGGCGCUGGCAGAGCCCGCUGACGACGGUGAGCCCCAGAGUCCGCCUCCGUCCCAGAAGGCGACGGUAGCGCCGCAGUCAGGCGAUGGUGUGACCGAAAACUCGUCACAGUCCCCGGGUAAACCAAGGAAAAAGUCCAAGUCCUUAGCGGCAUCGACUACGGUCGCAAAGAAAGCGACUCCGCCAUCCAGCGCAAAAAGGAGGAGAAAGAAGAAAUGGUUCGCUAGGAAGGGGAAAUAGGUCUGGGUUGGGGAAAUGGACCAUUUGUUAUCGUGUGCUGGCUGGGGGCGUUUCGACGACAAAAUACAAUGAUGCGAACACA